GAAAUCUAUUCGGUUUUGUGCUUUUUUUUUUCCUGCUGAGUCCUGUUCCUCUUUGGUGAAACUACCUUUGGAGACCUUAGUUCAGAUGAGCAGAAUUCCUGGUUACAUGGACAGCAGAAACCACACACUUCACCUAGACUUCAUUCUCCUAGGUUUGUCUUCUGAUCCUGCACAGCGAAAGUUCCUCUUUGUCAUCUUCUUGGUGAUGUACACAGUGGGUAUCCUGGGGAACUUCUUGAUUAUCCUGCUGAUCCUUCGGAAUUCCCAACUGCGGGCCCCCAUGUAUUUCUUUUUGGGACAUCUUUCCUUGGUGGAUGCUUGCUUCACCUCAGUCACUGUCCCCAAGAUGUUGGCCAACCUAUUGAUGCCAGAAGCCACCAUCUCUUAUGCUGGUUGCUUGACUCAAAUGUAUUUCUUCUUUGCCUUUGGGGUCACUGACAGUUUCCUCCUGGCUUCCAUGGCUUAUGAUCGCUAUGUGGCUAUCCGUAAUCCUCUGCAUUAUACCACUAUGAUGAGCGAGAGAGUCAGAGUCUUUGUAGCCAGUUCUUGGAUUAUCUCCCAUCUUCACUCCUUGCUACACAUUAUUCUCAUGUCUCGCCUUUCCUUCUGCGGUUCCCGGGAGAUACCCCACUUUUUCUGUGACCACCAACCUGUGCUGGCCCUAUCAUGCACUGAUACCAGUUUAAUUGAAAUGUUGAUCUUCACUGAAGGGUCCUUGGUAGUGUUGAGUCCUUUUGUCUUCAUUGUGAUCUCUUAUAUCCUUAUCUUGGUUACCGUCCUGAGACUGCCAGCGGGAACUGGGUGGCGCAAGGCAUUCUCAACCUGUGGGGCUCACUUGUCUGUUGUCGUUCUCUUUUAUGGCACUGUAAUUGGCGUCUAUUUUCAGCCUACAGCAAAAUACUCAGCUGAAAAGGGAAGGGUUACCACUGUCAUGUAUACCGUGGUCAUUCCUAUGCUCAAUCCCUUUAUAUACAGCUUGCGGAAUGAUGACGUCAAAGGAGCCUUUCGCAGAACUUUAUGCAGGAAAGUGGGAAUGUAGUGAGUCCUUGUCCUGCAAUUUAUUGUGCUGAAUGUUAAACUGUAAGAAUCAGUCCUGUAUCAGUGACCACCACUGAGUUCUCAGGGAGUCUCAGAAUAAAUGCCACUUCCUCCCAUGAGAACGGUAGUGACAUGAAUAGCAAGAGUGGACUGCCCUUAAUGAUUCAUUUUUCACCAAGGACAGAAGAUCUGGUCAGUAUGGCAAAGGCCGCCAUGUUGCCAUGGUAUAGCCACUGUCCAUUGCACAGUUCAUUUUUCCACCUCCCUUGUGUACCUGCAUGGCUGUGACCUCAUGUAUAGUGGACGUAGAAGCUUUGAAAGACUGGUGAAAUGGAAAGGCUGAAUCAAAAUCGUAUGCAUGUUGUGGGAGUGUGUUCUGCCCCAGCUACGGGUCCCAAGAAGUGUAGCACACACACACAGCUCCAAAAACUCCGUUUAAUACAAACAGACCCCUUUCAAAAUGCAGGCUUUAACCACAAAUGUCCUUAUCAGCCUGCUAUGAAUUACAGAGAUUAAACAAAGUCCGACAAGGAUUGGCAAUCAGCCCAGAAACCAAGU